AUGGCCCAGCCAGGGUUUGGCGGCGCGCUCGACACGCCUCGAACGAACGUCGGUGACGCUACAUACCUUAGUAGGCAGCCCGAUUUUGCCGAUAUCUCCCAAGAAGCCUCGUUUCACUCCCCAGGAAAGGAUGGCGACUUCUUCCAGCAGCUUCGCAACGGACGCUCGAAUGGAGUCAGUCUGCGAACUCCACGCCAAAGAGGGCCGCUGGCAGAUCGCAGAAAUCUACCCCAAAAUCUUGGAGAGGUUGAGUUUACUCCCAUGCUCAAGUUCUCCGCAAGACGGAAUGCUCGUAAAAAUGGCAAGGAGAAUGGGACUACUGCAUUGAAUGCGCCAGCACUGGAUAGGAUAGACGAAGACGACAUGACUCCCAUACCACGAAUGGACAGCUCCGUCUAUCUGGGCUCUCGAAGCCAAUCCUUUCUAGACAACACCCUUCCCCAGCUCGAAGGUAGUAGUGUUGCUUCCACCCCCUUGGCUAUGCAGCCUCGGAGAGGCGGGGAUAAGGGGCCAUUACAGGAUGGCAACCAGUUAUCGCUGCGCGAACAAGAAAACGUCAUUGAUAGGAUUGAGAAGGAAAACUUCGGCCUAAAGCUGAAAAUUCACUUCCUCGAAGAAGCAUUGCGAAAGGCCGGUCCCGGCUUCAGCGAAGCAGCCCUAAAGGAAAACACAGAGUUGAAAGUUGACAAAGUAACAAUGCAACGAGAGCUUCACCGAUAUAAGAAGCACGUCACAGCAGCCGAGCGGGACCUUGAAUCCUAUCGACAACAAAUGCAAGAGCUUCAAGAAAAAGGAAGGCGAAAGCAAAAUGACGAUGGCCAGCGCCUGGAACUCGAACAGCUGCGCAAGGCCCUGGAGGAAAGAAAGUCCGACAUUGAUGCACUGCAACAGCAAGUGGACCAGAGUCAUAAUGACGAAGACCAGCUGGAAAAACUCCGCGACAACAUUGAAGACCUAGAAGCAGACUUACGAGAAAAGGACCGCCUGAUAACGGAAAGAGACGAUGAGCUGGAUGAUCUUAGAGAUAGACUUGAUGCUGCCGAAGACAAGCAAAGGGAAGCCCAGAGGAGAAUGAGUGAGAUGGAAGGUGCAGAGAACCAGAAUGAGGAAUUGGAAGAAGCCAGAGAGACUAUUCAAGACCUUGAGCUUACUAUUCGUCGACUAGAAGAACAAGUCGAAGACUUCAAGGAGAAGGCAGAUCAGGCGAUGUCUCAAAAAGAUCGGGCCGAAAGUGAUCUCGAGGAGCUCCAAGAAGAAAUGGCUAAUAAGUCUGUGAUGACCAAGGGCCUCUCAAGGCAAGUUGAAGAGAAGGUAUCCCGCUUGCAAGAAGAGCUCGAUAAAUCUGGGAAGGAAUACGCAGACCUAGAAAAGGAGCUGGCUGGUGCAAAUGAGGAAAAUGAGCAGCUCCGAGCUGAGGUGGAUGAACUCAGAAAUGAGCAACAAGAAAUCAGGCGGGGACAGCACGACGAUUCAGCCAAAGUUCGGGGUCUCGAAGCAGAGCUACUUGCUGUUGCAGAUGAGAAGGAUCUUUUACAGGUGCGGCACGAAACACUGAAAGUCGAGUCCGAUGCCCUUCAGCGUAACGUGCAACAGCUGGAAAAGGAGGUCGAGGAGCUACAGAAAAACGUGUCAGAUGAGAGGGAGUAUGCGGUGGAGAUCGAAAAAGACUUGCGGCAACAAUAUCAGGAUGAAUUAGAACGAUUGAAUGACGCCGUUUCAGACUUGCAGGCCGAGGUUCGCGAGCGUGACAAUCUUUACGACAAUGAUAGUGAAAAAUGGGAGAACGAGAAGCAAGCUCUGGUGUCUGAGAGGGAGAGAGCCGAGGAGAAGGCUGCAGGUCUUCAAAGAACUAUCGAGCGUCUUCGCGAAGCAGAAGGAAAUUUGUCGAACAAAGAGUCCACCUUGCAGAAAGCCAUGGAAAGUGAAAUGGAACGGCAUAAAAGCGAGGAGGCCGUGAUGGCUCGUCAAAUUGACGACCUUCAGGAUGCUCUAGAAACACGACAAACAUUGCUCACCAAUUUGCGAAAUGAGCUUUCAACUGUCAGGGACGCGCUCCGACAAACCCAGAUUGACUAUCAGGGGCAAGUGAACAAGAUUGUCGCAUUAGAAAAUGAGGUGGAGGUGUUACGAUCGAAGAGCAACAAUCAGUUGACACCCGGUCGCCGCGAUGCAUUUGUACGGGAUUCACAGUAUCUCCAAGACCAGGUUACCAGACUCAAGGCGGAGCUUGGCUCUGUUCAAUCAUCGCUUGCGGAAACAAGGGCACAACGGGAUGAGCUUCAAAGACAACUGCAUCAAAAUGGCGCUCAGGAAAACGAUACCCUGCAAGUAGAUCAAGAACGUCUCGAUCUGAGGGCUGCCAAAAUGAAGCUUGUUAGCGAAGUCCGUCUCCUGAAGGACGAGAACAAAGCCCUUAGCGAAGGGCGCAAAGAAGCCGAAAAGGCUCUCGAGCACGAAAUUGUAAAAGUCGCCACGCUUGAAGACCGUCUCAAACAAGAAGUUCAACAGCUCCAGACCAAGACAAAAUCCUCGACAGCAACUCCAUUCAACGAUCAGGAAACUGUUUCUGCUCGGCGUACAAUACGAGAGUUGGAGCAGCGGGUUAAAGAUUACGAGGAUCAGCUGGUCAAAUUACAAGCAGCCGACGAUGGCGACGAUGUUGGCAAUAUAUCGAUCUUGAGAAGAGACUUGUCCGCAUCGCGUCAAAAGGAACUUGAUUUCCUGCAAAAAGAGGCGGUUCAUCGUGACACAAUUAGGGGCCUCAAUGUGCAAAUUGCGGAGCUGGAGCGGCAGCUACAUGAAAGCAAGGUUUCCCAAAUGGCGGCUUCACCGUCUAGUUCGGCAGCCAAUUCUCAGCGGACUCUGGAUGAAUUAAAAUCACAGGCUGCUGAAUCGGAGCGAAUGGCAUCUCAAGCAAUUGGGGAAUUGCAGAAGCAGAUGAGCGAUCUAGAAGAUCAAAAGCUCGUCCUCGAAGAAGUUCUUGAAGAAGCAAACCAACAAGCUGAAGAAGCGGCAGCACAAAAUGAAAAAGCCAUGCGCCGCAUAAGACACAAGCUAGACAAGGCGGAACGAGAACGAGACGCGGCCAUUGCCUCACAUUCAGAAAAUAACAAGCAGGGCAAACACCUCAAAAGGAGUCAGGCUGAGAUUGAAAAUCUAGAGCACGAUGUUAGGCAACAACAAGAGCUUAUUGAUGGCCUUGCUGCUGCUGAAGUAUCGCUCAGACGCAAAUUGGAACGAGCACGUAGCGAGCGAGCAGCGUUCCGCAUGAGCGCUGAGAAGCUGCAACGGGAUAUCCAGCUACUACAGGUUACGAACGGUCCUAUAUCAGGGCAGGAAGAUGGACGUGCUGUCGCGAAACGACAUGAUGGGACCCUGGAUGGCGACAACCACGCGUUUGAAACACUUGUUCGAGCUGCCGAGGGAGCUGAAGAGCGGCACAGGAAGGAACUCAAGGGCAUGGUAAUGCAAAUGGAAUGGAUGCAAGCUCGUUGGGAGCGAGAGGCCUCGCUCAGAUCAGACGCUGCAUAUGCCAAAAAGUUUAUCCAGCUGCAGCUUGAUGUUGCCAACGCUUGCAACAAGGCACAGCUGCGUGAACUCGAGCAUAUCCGCACCAACCUCCUGCAUAGCAAGAAGCCUCUAGCCCUACCCGCCGCCCCCAACGGCCUUGCUUUCGGCAAGGUGAAGCCGACAUCGAUUCGGCCAUUCCUCACAAUGGCUCGCUUCAUUGCCCGCAUGCGCAUCGCCUCCCGCAACUGGUCGCAACAAGAGCAGGUUCGUCUCAAGUUGGUCGCGGCUAGGGAUGACCAGCGACGCGUCAAGAGAUCUAGACUGUUUAAAGUUGUGCGAAUGGAUGCAUAA